AAAUUCGAAAAUGGUUUUGGAGUGAACAGUUUUGGUAGGAAGAAGAGUGAUUAGGUUUCGAUGGCGGAGAGGCACAGUGUGAGUGAUAACCACGAUCCCUACGCUUUUCUCUUCGAUCUCUCUCAGCUAUCCUCUUCCCAGGAACAACUCUUGCGUGAUGCUCCUUUUUUCUCUUACAACCGCCACCUCACCACGCCGGAGGAGUCCUUGCCACCCUCCGGCGACGGCCAGCGACGGACCACCACCACCCCCGUCGAUGUGGAGGCCCGAGGAGAUGUGUUGGGCAAGAUUCGUGAUGGUGAAAGGGCACCGUCUGAUUUGGGUGAGUCGCCGAUGAAAAAAUCGAAACUUUCGAAGGAGGGUUUGGGUAAUGAUGCUUCAGGAGUGCAACUGCAGAAAGGGAAAGAAGAAGAAGGUAAGGUGCCACCCUCAAAGCGCCGUGGUCUGGAGGAUGCCGCGUAUGGAUCGAAAUGUGGAAGCAGCGGGGAGAAAAACAAGUUCUCUUUGUAUGAUGUGUUGAAAGUUAUCUUGGAGGAGUGUUCUGAAGUUGGUGAUAUUCUUAAGACGAUGAAAUCUGCAGAGUCUUGUGGUCUUAGUUUUCCUCGUCCAAGGUGGUGGCCGGAGGACUUCAAACUAUUUGAAUAGUGUCAAGAAACUGAAAGAAAAUGUGUUUUUUGUCGUGGAUGGAAGAUGGUUUUGAAGGGUCAUCUGAAUAGUAUAUUUUGCUCAUGAAACUUUUGGUCCAUUGUAAAGGAGUAUCAUCCUUAGAAUAUGAUGACUAAUCUCUUUUCUGUACUUGAAAAGCAUCAAAUAGGUGAACAUCUUCCUGUUUUUUGUAUAUGCUAGUGUAAAGGAUCAAACUCCUCACUUAGUUUAAAUUGUCCUAGAUACUUUUAAAAAUGGAUGAUUGUGUGGGAGGCUUCUAAUUUCUAUCUGGUCUGAUAUGGUAUUUGUCUCUUGCAA